UCUCAUCCGAUCCUUCCGCGAAACAAGCACGAGGAUGAAAGCGAUUGCGUUGUUCUUGACGGCGGCGUGCCUGGCUCACGCCACACACGUGCCUACCCGCACAGCCGACAAACCAUAUUUGAUCAAACAGAAAGGCAUCUACGAGCUCUUCUGGCACGUCGAUCAACCAACCGUCUACCAUCCGGAACUCUAUCAGAAAGCGCGAUCCUUCAACCUCGAAAACAGCAUCACUUCUUUCGACGAUCAGGCCGCAGUAACUGAGUUUUUACGGCGAUGGGAACAUGGAAUGCUCCCACGAGGUGAAGUGUUUUCCGCGAUGUAUCCUCAACAUCGGGAUGAAGCGAUGUGCUUGUUCCGCGUUCUCCUUUCCGCCAAGGACUUCGACACCUUCUACAACACUGCCGUGUGGUUUCGCUUUAACGUAAACGAACAGAUGUACAUUUACGUAAUGAGUAUCGUUGUCCCGCUAAGAUCGGACACCGCACAUAUCCAUGUGCCGCCAAUGUACGAAGUCAACCCGCAUUACUUCUUUAACGACGAAGUUUUACAUAAGGCUUACCACGUCGCAAUGGGUGACACAGGUUCGGUAGGAGUGAAGAAAACCGUCGGUGGCGUAGAUCACUUUAUCAUUCCUUCCAACUAUAGCGGCUGGUACGUUAACAGAAACGAAGAAGUGCCGGAACAACAUAAAGUGAACUACUUUACCGAGGAUCCCGGUAUGAACUCUCAGUACUUUGCUCUGACUCACGCUUUCCCGACUUGGAUGGACUCUGCUACGCACAACAAGCCCUCUAAACUUGUUCGCGGUGAAAAAUACUUGUACGUCCACAAGACAUUGCUUGCUCGCUACAACUUAGAAAGACUGUCUAACGAUAUGGAUAUGGUUGAGCACGUCGUCGAUGUCACCAAGCCAGUUGUCACCGGUUACUAUCCGACGAUGCAACAUUACAACGGACUGCCAAUGCCGCAGCGCCCUGCCAAUUCCGAGGUUCCUCGUCACUUGCACAAAGAAGUUCAGACUGUGAAUGACUUGCACACUCGCAUCGUUAACGCAAUCGACAAGGGCCAUCUCGUCGAUACGGAAGGCAAGCACGUCGACAUUUAUACCACCAAGGAUGGUCUCAAUCAUCUCGGCAACGCGAUCCAGGGCAACGCUGAUUCCGUCAAUCCCAAGUACUACGGACAUAUGGACUGGCACUACAGGAAAGUCUUCGCCAUGAGUCCCAAACCGACUACCACGCACACUGUCGUACCUAGCGCUCUCGAGAUCUUCUCCACUAACAUGAGGGAUCCCGUAUUCUACGAAAUGUACAAGAACAUCGUCGACUACUGGAUGAGAUAUAAGAACAACUUGCCGUCUUACACGCACGAAGAACUGGCUUACCCAGGCGUGACAGUUGAAUCCGUCACCGUUGACAAGCUCAUGACUUUCUUCGAUACUUUCGAGUCAUUGAUCAGCAACGCCGUAUCGGUGCGCAGCCACAAGGAGGCACAGUCAACGCUGAUCAAGGCACGUCAAUAUCGUCUCAAUCACAAACCUUUCACCUAUCACAUCACUGUCAACAGCGAGAAAACCAACAAAGCAGUAGUUCGCGUCUUUCUUGGACCAAAAUACAACUCUCAGGGCCAUGAGAUGGACAUCAGCGAGAAUUAUAUGAACUUCGUUGAGAUGGAUCAGUGGAUUGUUGACCUGAAACCUGGCACCAACAAGAUUGAGCGCGGCAGCCACGAGUCCGUUUACACCGUUGAGGACGAGAUGCCGAGCGAGGUCCUGUACAAGAAAGUGGUGAAAGCCGUCGAGGGUGGCGAGGUUUUCACCUACACCCCGACUCAUUAUGGUAUACCCGACCGUCUUGCACUUCCUAAGGGCAAGAAAGAGGGCAUGCCGUUUAAACUCUUCGUGAGCGUGUCCCCAGUUGAGGAAACGCAGGUCACUCAGGUUGAAACCAAAUGGGGUCCAUCUGUCACCGAUUCUCGUCCAUUGGGAUGGCCGCUCGACAGACCAGUCCACAAUUUCAACUUCACCGUACCCAACUUCUACAUGAAGGACGUUAUGGUGCAUCAUAAGUCUGCGGCGGAGGAAUUAAAUCUUACCAUGUAAAACGCGUCAAAAACUACUUAGAGCCCUGCAAAAUUUAAAAAAGAGAUAUAUUUAAGAGAAAAAAGCGCACACAUAAUACACAACACACACACACACACACAUACACGGCAGUGUAUGUAUAUACGUAACAUACGACGUAUUUUACAUCGUCCAGACGAAUGGAGAGUGUUUCAUAUGUAAUUAGUGCGAAAAAUUACACCUGAAAUAAAUUUUAA